CAGCGAGGCGAGACCCGUCUCCCCCUCUCCGAUUCAGCAAAAUUGCCACCUGUUUCCGCGUCCGCCUCUACCGAGGUUUUAGACACCGCGGCGCUCUUCCCAUUUCUCGCGUCCCGCGGGACAGGCCGCCGCACCACCACCACCUCCCGAUCCGCGCGCUUUCUCUCCCGCGCCCCGGCGGAUCUGCUGUCUCCUGAAGGGCGAGGGAGCGCUGGAGGCGUCUGGGCGGCUAGGGUUGGGGCAUGAGGAUUAGCGAGCUGGGAGAGUGUGACGGGGUGCGGGUGGAGGGGGAGGAGGAGGAGGAGCAGCAGGCGGAGGAGGCCAGCGUCGGCGUCGGCGGCGUGGUAGCGCGGCUGAGCGCGAAGCGUGCGCUCGUCGGCGCCGGCGCCAGGGUGCUGUUCUACCCGACGCUGCUCUACAACGUGCUGCGCAACCGGUUCGAGGCGGAGUUCCGGUGGUGGGACCGAGUCGACCAGUAUGUUUUGCUAGGUGCUGUUCCUUUCCCAAGUGAUGUUCCACGUUUGAAGCAACUCGGAGUCCAGGGAGUAGUAACAUUGAAUGAGCCCUAUGAGACACUGGUCCCGACAUCCUUAUAUCAGGCCCAUGGGAUCGACCACCUUGUUAUUCCCACAAGAGACUACCUAUUUGCACCGGCCCUUCAGGAUAUUUGUCGAGCCAUAGAUUUUAUCCACCGCAAUGCAUCAGAAGGAGGCAACACUUAUGUUCACUGUAAAGCUGGAAGAGGCCGUAGCACCACUAUUGUUUUGUGUUAUUUGAUUAAAUAUCAGAGCAUGAGUCCAGAAGCAGCAUUGGAUCAUGUCCGUUCCAUUAGGCCUAGAGUGCUUUUGGCACCAUCGCAGUGGCAGGCUGUAAACGUUUUUAGUACCCUCACCACUGGGUGUCUUCCAAUGCGGAGUGCAAACCUGGGCCAUUUUCUAGAAGCCGGGGAUGACUGCAUCACUAACACAGAAAUUGAUGAUUACUACUCUAUGGAGCUUGAUUACGAAGAUAGUGGUUUACCCCUUUGUCAAGUAAUGUUACCAAGGCCGACCAGUCCCACAGUAUGCACUGACGCAGUGCUCAUAACAGAAGCAGACCUUGAGGGAUAUGAUACUUAUGCCGGUACCAGGAAGGAUGUUGUAUCGGUGGAAGUAGUAGUCAGCCGUAAACCCAUCAUGAGAAGACUAUCAUGUCUGUUUGGAUCUCUGAAACUUACCAGCAAUUGUGAGCCAACCCCAAGCCGGUUUGCUGAGGUUCGGGCCUGCUAGGUAUAAACCACCAGCGCCUUUAUGCAGUUUUCAAUGCUGUGAAUCAAGGGUACAUAAUAGUAGAUAAUAAUAGGCAAUUAGCCAGUUAGGCAUCGUAGAAACAGUGAUGUUUCUACUUUCUCUGAUCAUGGCAAUGCCAUCGGGAAGAAAAUGUGUGCAUAGGGAGUUUGGAGAGUGUAGAGUUGUGAAUGCGCGGAUUGUCUUGUUUUUCCCUGAAAACAUGGGAUUCACAUCAUGGUUGUUUCUUUAAUUGGAAUAAAAAAGAUGUCCAUGAUCCAAGUCA